CUGCACAACAAGCGUCAAUCAAAUGGCCCCAUGUAGGUGGAAAAUAGAUAGGGGAGGAAUGUCCAUUGCCUGCACUAGAAUCAUUGAUUCUUUCAAGGCUGGUUAGCACACUGUAGAAUGUCUGCCAGGACUCCUGUCGCCGUGACGUCUCCACCAGCUCCGGCGCCUUGUACAACAAGAGGCCUCGUGUAAAAGUCGGUCGUAAUCGCCACCAUGUUGUCGGGUCCGGCAUUGUUGAAGGGAUGGCUCGCUUCGCAGGACAAGAGCCCAACCUCGACCUUGUUUUCGGCAACGUUCACCUUGGCGGCAUAGUGCAAUCUCCCCCCCGUUUCCUCUACCUUGGCAACCUUCUCUGCCAUGGACUCGUCGUGCUCGGGAAGCUUGGCCAGGAACUCUUCCACGCUGCAAUCCCGGAGGGCCUCCGGAACCAGCGACUCGACCUCCAUUGCGGACAAGUCCACGCCUUUCAUGCCCGCCAGGCGUGCCAGAAUGACGGCCUUUCUGGCGACGUCCAUGCCGUUCAGAUCGUCGCGGGGAUCGGGUUCCGUGUAGCCGAGUUCCUUCGCUUCUCUAACGGCCUGCGAGAGGCUGGCCUUGCCCCCCGCGACCUGUCCCAGCACGAAUGCCAGGGUCCCGCUCAGAAUGCCCUCGACCGUAACAAUGUCGUGCGAGGAAGCCUUCAGACCCUGCAGGGUUCCGAGAGUGGGAAGGCCUGAAUGGAUCGCGGUCAUUGAAGCAACCCACCAUAGAUGCACAGAAUGGAAGGUUGUUAAAAAAUAAUGGAAUCCUAUCAGAUGAUUUACACAUCGAAGCGGACAGUGCAAGUCCGAAAGAAUCAGUAUUGCUCGAUUGCAACAACAACAACAACAACCACCACAAGGACGUCACUCACCCGCUCCCACCGUGGUCUCGUGCAAGAGGCGGCAUUUCCCGCUCUUGGCGGCUUCCAAAAGAGCCCGGUACUUGUCUUCGGGACCCGCAAAAAUCCCCUUAUUGGCGGCGACGACCGAUAUUCCCUGCCUAAGCCAUCCCUCGUAGUUUUCCUGGACGGCGCUGGACGCCGUCACGUCGGCAAUAACCGGGAUUCCGUUCUGCUGCAAUAAGUAUGCGCUCAGGACGCCGUAGUCGACGGGCACUUCCCCGGCCGAGCCGAUCGUCAUGGUGGACGACCGCACCAGGGCGUGGGGCGAGAGACCGAUCUUUUUCAUGGCGGUCAGGAGGCAGCUACCUACCCC